AGACAUUGGAAGCACGACUGGGCAAGGCUCUACAGGGUAUGGUUAUACCACCUUAUAUGAUAAGGUAGUGAAAGACUCUCUCACCUCCUUUUAUAAACCGAAUUCAUACUUUUUUUUUUUCCUUCUAGAAAAAUUACUGAAGAAGAAGUGGAUGAGACUUGGCUGGAAUAUCUUACUACAAUCAAUAAACAAAUGCGAUUCAUCAAAGCCAAUCAACAUCGCCCGAUAAAAGCCUUGCAAAACGUAGGUCCAGAGUUGGAGAAACUACGAUUGAAGGCUGCAUCCACUAUUCGUGAUUUCUUUCUCUCUCGUAUUCAGCUCCUUUGUGUUCCCAAUGCCAACAUACAAAUCAUGCAACAGUCUGUGUUUUUAAAAUAUAAAAAUUUACAUAGCUUUGUUAUGGAAAGACAUCACGAUGCUGCAACAGAGAUACGACAAACAUAUAUAAAUGCACUACGUUGGUAUUUUCAUAAUCACUUUGAAAGAUAUAGUAAGGGCCUGAUAAAACUCCAGACUGUGUCUGCAGAGAAAUCAGACCUAAUAGGAAUAGAAGAAAGUGCUCGUAAAGGAGGCAUAUUUGGCGGCGCCAAGGUAGCUUUGAAUAAAACCAACGUAUUUGCAUUAGGAGACCGAAGUGAUACCCUGAGAAUUCAAGAUCCUGGCGUAAUUCUGAUUCAUGUUGCAGAAGCUAAAGAACAGAAAUAUCAAUUUGAACAACUCUUUCGAAGCUUCAACUUGACCUUAAUCGAUAAUGCAAGCUCAGAAUAUUUAUUUAUCCAUGAAUUCUUCUCAAGAGAUCCCAAGUCUGCAGCAGAUACCACAAAAACCAUAUUCCAGUCCAUAUUUGAGUCCACAGAAAAAGUGGGAAUUCAAUUUACAAAGACCUAUGUAGAAAAUUGCUAUGAUGCAGUUGGCAUAUUAUUAUGUAUUCGAAUCAAUACACAGCUAGCAUUAGAACUGCAAAGACGACGUGUACCUGCUCUUGAAGGAUACACUAAUGCAACCAACAUGUUGCUAUGGCCUCGGUUUCAGCAUAUCAUAUCAUUACAUAUAGACAGCUUAAAAAAGAUGUUUCAUAGCAAAUCACUUGUGAAAGACAUUCAUCCUCAUUACAUUACUAGACGUUAUGCUGAAUUUGCAGCUUCGUUGCUAGUGCUUAAUGAUGGAUACGAUGAUGCCAUUUUAUCUAACAGUAUUCAUAGACUACGCGAUGAAUUUGAAGCUGUCCUUUCACGUAUGUCAAACGAACUAACCGACUCGCCUAAGCGUAUCGCUUUUCUUGUUAAUAAUUAUGAUCUUAUCCUAUCUGUACUUCAAGAAACCCAUAGCCAUGCAGUAGAGAACGAGGUCAAUUACUUCAAGCAACUUCACUCGCUCCAGAAAAAUGCCUUUGUUGAUGAGCAAUUAAAGCCUUAUUUUGGUCCAAUGAUUCAAUGUGUUCAAAAGCCAGAAAACUGUUCCAUCCCUGACCUUGAACGUAUCUCUUCACACUUUGCUCAGACUUGGCGUCAAUCUCUUAAAUCGAUCAAUGCGUCCGUUAUUCAGUACUUUUCCAACUUUAAAAAUGGCACAAGCGUACUUCAUGCAGUUCUCGCUCAAUUGAUAGUCUAUUAUACAAAAUUCCUUGACAUUUUAGAAAAGAGAAAUAUCUUGGCCAGACUUCAUCCAGUUGGAGUACAAACAGUGAUGGUAGAGAUUAAAAAGUUUAGAAGUACAUUUUAAUACAAAUAGCACGUCUUUCUCGCUCUUCUUUUUGAAAUAAUAAAUCAUUAAUAUAUUUAAGGUAUAUAUAUGUAUGUAUAAAUGUAUAAAAAGAGGAUAAAAACAGUGGUUUAAUCACUUAUUCGCUCACCCAUGAACCUCCCCGUUUUAGCCAUUUGGCAAGUAGAACGGUCAUAUCUCGAACCACAAAUCCACCUAUGAUUGUAUUAAUCACAU